UACAAAAAGGACCACCACCAGUGGCAGGCCCGGUUAGUCUAUCCACAGCCAUUUCACGAGGACGUGUGUGGUAAUUGUUAUUGUUUUGGAUCGUCUGAUCGUCUCGUUUAUCGCAUCAACAUGAAUAAAACGGAGCUAAGCAAGGAUCAAAUGAAAAUCCUGAAGGAAGCGUUCGAAGCAUUCGACAUCGAGAAGAAGAAUUGCAUCUCGGUGGAGGUAGUGGGCACUAUUUUGGAGCUGCUCGGGCACACCCUUACGGAGGAAGAGCUGACCGAGGUGAUGGAGGAGUACGAUGUGGACGAUUCGGGUCAGAUUGAGUUUGAAGAGUUUCUGGAACUAGCGUCGAACUUUGUGGAACCAGAGGAGGAUUACGAUGCGUUGCGAGCCGAGCUUCGUGAAGUGUUUAUGAUGUACGACAAGAAUGGAACGGGUUUCAUUCCGGUCGAGAUAUUCAAAAAGAUUCUCCAGGAACUGGAUGGUGCUGUGCCGGAGAAUGAAUUGGAUGAUAUCAUCGAUGAAAUUGAUGCGGACGGUUCUGGAACGGUAGAUUUUGAAGAAUUCAUGGAGGUGAUGACUGGCGAAUAAAGCAAAUAGCAUAUGGAACCCUCAAUAUAAACUUCUCUCAAGCAUUGACGUCCAUCAAUAUGAAGCGUGAGGCAAACAAAGGAUGAUAACAUUACCUCACAUAUAACACUAUUAAGCGCUACAUUGAACAACGUCUGACACGUGAUAUUUAUUCCUCUUAUCGUGUCCGAUCUCAGGGUACCCUUGUCGGAAAAAUGUAUUUAUUUAUCGUUCAUUCAUGCCGACAGGAACACAAUAAAAAGAUAAAAUAAACUUA